GUUUGUGGACGAAGAAACUUUUUCUAACUACGUGUUCGUACGGACGAAGGCCUACAGUCGACUAGUUGCCCAUUCUCUUGGAGCUGAAUUUCACGGAUUGUUGACUGCUGAUCUGAAUACUGGAAUGUUUGAUUUUCAUCAUUUUGCGGCGAUGAGCAUUUCAAAGGUUCUUCUGUGCCGUGCGGUUCAACUUGCGAUGUUGUUUCUCUGUUUGGUGAACGAGUCUUUUGGUCAACAGCUGGAUUGCAAAUCCUGCCCAGAUAAAGAAAAAACUAUCCCCAUUGCUGUGCUUGGUGAGGUGAGGUGCAGUUUGGGUGCAGACCAGCAGUUGUCCGCAGCAACUCCUUUCUGCAACUUUACUCAGUCCUGCAGGAAGGCCGACGCCAGAGCAUGGCAGCAAAGGACAGGCUAUACAGAAAUAUCUGGGACAGGCUCCGAUUACUCUGCCUACUCCACGCUUCAGUCCCCCUGGAUGGACGUGAGGCAAGCGUCGUGCCUGUCGUUUGACUUCGCGCAGACUCUGCCCUCCAAGCUGGCGGUCGUCGUUAACGACACGUGUGUCUUCCGGGCACCAGACAAGCAGCUGACACAGUUCCAGCCAGGAGUUGUCUCCCUGUCUCCGGGAAACGUGACUGUGGAGUUCCGCGCAUACAACCUGGCGCAGCCAGACUCCUGGGUCAGGAUGAGGAACGUCACGGUCUGGGCAGGCGCGUGUCCUGAGAUGGCUACCAGACCCGUGCCACAAGACAACGCAGGAAAUGCAGCGCUUGCCACAACCUCGACAAACAUUUUCGUGACAACAAGCUUACUUUUCUGUUUGUACUUGCAAUUAUUAAACUGAAAUAAAAGUACAGUGGUA